AUGGGAUUGCUACUGCUGCUGCUGCUGCUUCUGCCUUAUGUGGAAUGUGGAGUGAAGGUGAAAUGCCCCUUGACUCUGGAGAGAGAUGAGCUAGACCCAUUCAGUUAUUCCAGACCAGGAGACCACCUCAUGAGCGGGCUCAUCUCUGCUACAUUUUUUCCACAGACCUUCAAGGAGUCUCCCUCUACCAGCUUUAGACAGAAAGCAGGAACAAAUUACUGGCUACUCCUGUCCUUUUUGUUUGCCAUUCAGCAGAUCAACCAGAAUCCCAGGCUCUUGCCCAACAUCACACUAGGCUACAGUAUCCAUGAUAACUUUUUUCAUGGAAGGGUGACGUAUGAAGCUUUGGCAGACCUGCUCUCUUCUGGGCAGGUGAAUGUCCCAAACUUCAACUGUGGGGAACAGAAUCAGCCGCUCGCUGUUCUUGAAGGGACUGACUCUGACUCUCAAAACUCCAUCCUGAUUUCCACCAUGUUGGGCAUCUAUAAAAUCCCACAGGUCAAUUAUGCUUUUGUUUCCCGAGAUCUGAAUGACAAGAGGGAGUUUCCCUUUUUCUACAGGAUGGUCCCCCAAGAAGAUGCCCUGUACCCCGGAAUUGUCAAGCUGCUCCUUCACUUCAACUGGACAUUCAUUGGUCUUCUGACUCAAGACACCGACAACGGAGAGAGAUUCAUGAGGACCUUGAGGCCUCUGCUUACAAAGAGCGGCAUUUGCGUUGCCUUCUCACAAGGCUUCAUCCCAAAACUAGCCAUUAACAGAUUGACAUUCAGUAGAUCUCAAUUCAUUGAGUGGGGACAAGUCAAUGUAUUUCUUUACUAUGUAGAAAAUAUUUAUUUAGCAGCGGGGCUGACAAUUGUGAAAGAGUUGAUCCCCGUUUUUAAAAAACCCACUGCAGGAAAAGUCUUGAUCACAACAGCGAUGUGGGACAUCUCCUUGAACUUAAUAUUCAGUGGUUUAGAUUACCAGCACAUUCCAGGUAUUUUUUCUUUUUUUGUGGGGAAAAAUAAUUGGGCAAAACAAGAUAACUUUAGUCGCUUUUUCUUUAUCAAGAAGUUCCGGGAGGAUAGCUUCCAUUGUUCCUAUGUAAAGCAUGCAUUGUCAGUGAAAGGCCGGACAAGAUGCAGAGAGAGAGAAGAUCUGGAGAUGCUUCCUCAAGACGAUCUGGAAAGAAUCCUCUCUUCAGACAGUCACAGGAUUUACAACACAGUCCAUGCUGUGGCGCAUUCCUUAAAUGCUGCAUAUUCCUCCAGAUCUAAGUGGAGGUUGAAGGACAGUCUGGAAGUUCAAAGGCUACAGCCAUGGCAGCUCCACCCUUUCCUGGGAAAUGCCCAGUUUUACAAUUCUUCCAUGGACGGAGUGUAUUUGGAUGAGAAUGGGGAAGUGGGAGCCGACUGGGACAUCGUGAACUGGGUGCUGUUUUCCAAUUGGACCAACCUUAGAGUGAGGUUUGGGAGCAUCAAGAGACAGAGAUCUUCAGACCUAAAGUGCACCAUUGAUGCAGAUGUGUUGCCCAAAAGGCUCAACAAGACCUUGCCUCCUUCCAAGUGUGUGGAAAGUUGCAGCCCUGGAUUGGUCAAACGUGUUCAGGAAGGAAUGCCACUCUGCUGCUAUGAUUGCGUUCCCUGUGCAGAAGGGACCAUCUCCACUCAGGAAGAUGCUGAGCAUUGCACCAGGUGUCCAGAAGAUCAACAUCCAAACAAGGCCAGAGAUCAAUGUCUGGCCAAGACUAUCACCUUCCUGGCUUAUGAAGAAUAUUUGGGUGUUCUCCUGGCUUCCUUGACCAUCGUUUUAUCCCUAACUGCAGCCUUUGUGCUAGGAAUCUUCAUUAAGUACAAGGAAACUCCCAUAGUCAAAGCCAAUAACAGGGACCUCUCUUAUAUCCUCCUUGUUUCCCUCUUGCUUUCCUUUCUGUCCUCCUUCCUUUUUAUUGGCCACCCAAGGAAAGUGACCUGUCUUCUCCGACAAAUGGCCUUCAGCAUCAUCUUCUCAAUUGCCAUCUCUUCUGUGUUGGCCAAAACCAUCACUGUGGUGCUGGCCUUCCUGGCCACAAAGCCAGGAAACACAAUGAGGAGAUGGCUGGGGAAGAGUCUGGCCAACUCCAUUGUCAUUUCCUGUUCCAUUGUCCAAGUUGUCAUCUGCACCAUCUGGCUGGGAAUCUCUCCACCCUUCACAGAGUCUGACAUGCACUCCCAGCCUAGGGAGAUCAUCCUGCAAUGCAAUGAAGGGUCUGUUGCCAUGUUUUAUGGUGUCCUUGCCUACAUGGGCUUCCUGGCCUCCAUCUGCUUCACAGUGGCAUUCUUAGCUAGGAAGCUGCCUGGGGCCUUCAAUGAAGCCAAGCUGAUCACCUUCAGCAUGCUGGUCUUCUGCAGUGUUUGGGUCUCCUUUGUGCCCUCCUAUCUGAGCACAAAGGGGAAAUACAUGGUGACUGUGCAGGUCUUCUCUAUCUUGGCUUCCAGUGCUGGGCUUCUGGGCUGCAUCUUCUUUCCCAAGUGCUACAUAAUUUUACUCAGGCCUGAUUUGAAUACAAAGGAGGAUCUAAUGACAAAAUCAAAGGAUGGUAUUUGAUCUUGUUCUGUGAUGGUUUGAUGAUUUAGAGCUAGUGUUCUAUCAGAUUCUGAAUCUGGCAAAUGGCGACUCCAUCAUGUUUCAGCGAAAGAAUACUACUUUCUAUGCAGCUAGUGCACACCUAGGUUCAACUUGCAGAAAACAAUGUUUAUGCCUCCUUGUCUGAUGGAUUUAAAAUAUGUCUAAAUGAUUAAGUUUUACUUUUAA